AUGAGCAAGCCAGUAUCGCUGGCCACUUGUUUGGCCAAAAUGUAUGAAGGAGGUAGUCUUGACUCUCAGAAUAAAAUUGGGUCUGUUGGCCAAGUGAAAAAACCGACUGGUACAAAUCAAAGCAGCAGUGCCAAUAACUUAAGUACAAUGGACAACAAACUGAAUCUUCUUAAUGAGAAAGUCGAUCGAAUAGUAAACUUUCAAGGACACGUUCUUAAGAAAUUGGAAGACAUGUCUCAAGGAUUGGGUGACUUAGAAAAGAGCAUCGAAAUACUGAAAACAUUAAAAGACUGCAAUGGAAUGGUAGACGGUAAAAGUGAUGUUAAAUACUUGCAAAAUACUGACUGCCUCAAUCAUCCUGAGAUGAAGCUCUUAUUCAUGGAACUGUUCAAAAUGGUGACAACUGUACAUCAAGAUACAACAAAACAAAAAGAAAAAUUAGAUGGCAUAGAAAAAAUGGUGUCAGCUGUGGACAAAGCCAUUCACUUUGUGGGUGAAGUCUUCAAAAAUUCCCACAUUGUGCAGUUUAUUCUAAAAGGAACUGUGCCUUGGAAAAAGGGAUGCCUAAUAGAAUCUUCAGAGGGAAAUAAUAAAGCUGACGAGAAAGGUGCCAAACCAAAGCAUGGAUAUAGCAACAGAGGGAUCCAAGCACAAAUAAACAGAGAAUUGUUGGAAGAAGCCAAUGAUUGUGAAGGCAUCAAAAGCAAUGGAAAUAUCCAGAAAGAUAAAGAUGAACUCGCAAAGGCAAAUGACACCAUUCUAAUCAAACCACAGGCAACAAAUAAUUCUGAAGGAGAUAAAUCACUGCACCAGUCCCCAGACACAGCUGGAAAACACAAAGACCCCCUGGGGGCUUCAGCAACAACAAAUAAGUCUGGAGGUGUCUGCAAAAAAGAGAUUUCUACUGUAACAAGAAAGGUGAAGGAACUUCCACAGGAAAACAAGAAGUGUGCACAGAGUCAGAACUCAACAGCAGACAACCUGAAAGAAAUAAUUAAAACCAACACAAACAAUGAGGCAUAUAAAAUACAUGGAACUGAAAGAAGCCAAGGAAAAGAGGCUGACAACAUCACAACUGAACCUCCUGAGGUCAGUCUGGCCACAACUCAGUCACAGUUUGACGGAAACUCCCCAUCAGUGGUAGAGAGGGCUUUUGAAACAAUGCAGGAAAUGCCAGUCAGUCCAACAGAAAAGGUCCAUUCAGAGGAAACAGCCGCCAAGGAGCUUGUGCCUGCAUCAUGGGAAGGACAGAAGGAACCUCAUAAAAAGCACAAAGCACAACAAAAGCCCAAAGAAGACAUGCAAGCUACAUUACUACAGAAAACUGCAAAGGAGAAAGAGCCAGCUCAAGAUGAAAAAAUCUGCAAAUUAUCCAAGACAUCUGUAACCCAGGAGAAAGGUUUAAAAAACACCAAAAUUCAAAUAGGCCAGAAAAGUGAGAAAAGUGCUGACAGUUGUCAAAAUAAAGCAGAAAACAAGUGCAAAUCAGGUCCAGAUAGUGAAUUAAAAGAUUCAAAAGAACUUCAGAAAGCAAGCAAAGAAUCUGCGAACAUCACAGAAAUGAAUGUUUUGGCAAAGAAGGAAACAGAUUCCACAGAAAUCACAAACAAGGAACAAGACAACAAGGGAUGUGUUGAGAAACCAGAAAAUCACAAUAUCAUUAUUGAUGAUAGCCCGUCACCUCCAGCCCCCUUCAGUCAUCGCAUAGUGACGACUAAGAAAAUACUUGUAACCUCUUCAUACACAGUUCAUUACAAUGAGGUGCUGGGAGGGGGUCGAUUUGGCCAAGUUCUUAAAUGUGCAGAAACAUCAACUGGCCUCGAACUUGCUGCCAAAAUAAUUAAAGUAAAAGGACCAAAGGACAGGGAGGAAGUAAAAAAUGAAAUCACUGUCAUGAAUCAGUUAAGUCACGUCAACCUGAUCCAGCUUUAUGAUGCAUUUGAAGCCAAGAACAAUGUCACACUGAUUUUGGAAUAUGUUGGAGGUGGAGAGUUGUUUGACCGAAUUAUCGAUGAAAACUAUAAUCUGACAGAGCUGGAUACAAUCGUCUUUGUGAAGCAGAUCUGUGAAGGUGUUCAAUAUUUACAUCAACAAUAUAUCCUUCACUUGGAUCUUAAGCCAGAAAACAUUUUGUGUGUAAACAACACAGGAAAUCAAAUCAAAAUUAUUGAUUUUGGUCUGGCUAGAAGGUAUAAGCCAAGAGAGAAACUGAAAGUUCAUUUUGGUACCCCAGAAUUCCUUGCUCCAGAAGUGGUGAAUUAUGAUUAUGUUUCAUUCCCAACAGACAUGUGGAGUGUGGGCGUCAUCACCUAUAUGUUGGUGAGUGGCUUGUCCCCUUUCCUGGGUGAUCAUGACACUGAAACCAUGAAUAAUAUUAUCAUUGCAAACUGGGACUUUGAUGCAGAAGGAUUUGAAAGUGUGUCUGAAGAAGCAAAGGAUUUUGUUUCAAACCUCCUUGUUAAAGAAAAAGGUAACAGAUUCAGUGCAGGACAAUGUCUGAAACACAGUUGGCUUAACAAUUUACCAGAAAAAGCAAAGAAGUGUAGGGUUCAACUGAAAUCUCAAGUGAUGCUGCGGAAGUACAUCACACAACGCUUAUGGAAGAAAAAUUAUUAUGCAGUUACUGCUGUAAACAGGCUCAAGAAGAUCAACCAGCAAAAAUAUGCUUAGCCCGGGACUGACAUCCAAACACAGCAGAAAUGGAGUCA